UGGCUGUCAAGCAAGUCAGCGACAGAUUUUGACAACCAAAAUCCAGUUUUUAAUCGUAAAAAAGAAAUCAAAACGAGUAGAAAAUAUUGAAUUUUCCCUCAAUAUUAACAGUUUAUAUUUAUCUACCGCGGAAAAAGUGUAAUAUUCAUAUGAGUGUGGUUAUUAUUUGCUUAAAGUAAAGUGGGUGGAUUCUUACUCGUAUGUAAUUAGGCGGAAUUUAGAAUUUGUGUCAUGCCCGCACAACCGAGGGAUUUCACUGAUAAUGAAAAAUGAAGGGGGUCGAUAAUUCGCCAGCUAAUCGCGAAGGAAUGACCAAUAAACCUAUUGUAACAUGCGCUGGGGAUUGGAACUUGUUUUGCACGUUAGAAGCUCCGCUAGUGGCCGCGAUUCCGCAGGAUUCGUGUGAGUGGAGGAGAUCCUAUGGCCGAGUCACAAAGUCUGUUUACUUGGAAGCUUCGUUUAUUAAAUAUAAUCCAGAUAAAGUGCAAUCUGAGCUCAACUUACUAAACCGCCCGAUCCUGCAUAUUUAUUGGACUGACUGUGUGGAUAUAGAAUAUUAUAAGACCACACUCAGAGAAGAUAUAGAAAUAUGGCUCAAGCAAUUAGAAAAGAAAGGCAUCACAGACUGGAUGAUAAUUCUAGUAGAAACUUAUGAUAUUAGGAAAACCAACAAGUUGCUACCUAGAACUACAGUUUUGGAUAAAAUAAAAGGGGAUUUUGCCAUAAAACAGACGGAAGAUAGGUUUUUGUCUGUAAUUAAUCCUAUUAAGUCUGAAGCGAGGAGUGCAGAGUCAUGGAGAGCACUGGUGGCGAAGAUGAGGCAUUUUGUGCUGGUGGCAUACAACAAGGCAUUGAUAAAGUUCGAAGAGCACAUGAGGGAGCAGAGAGAGAAAAGAAAUGACCCGGAGUGGGAUUUUUGUAAAUAUUUUAUUCUACAGGAACAACUAGCAUUUGUAUUAGAAAUGUUAGGUUUGUAUGAAGAAGCAUUAGUCCAAUAUGACGAAUUGGAUGCAUUGUUUUCCCAAUUUGUGCUCAAUUCCAAUGUGACGGAGGGUCCAAAAUGGCUUGACACGUUCAAGCAGCCCAUCACGUCUUGGCAGGCGGUCAGGCUGACGGCUCUGGUGCCGCAGCAUCUGAGAGAGCUCAUUAUUAAGAAAAAAGCUUCCCUCUUAGACUUUAGGAGCUAUUUGUUUCAACGUCAAAGUGCCAUGUUACUGCUUAUGUUUAAACCUUGUGAGAUCGCCUCUCGCUGCCUCAGCACCGUCCAAAAUACAUUAGUCGAGCUCUCGCUACUGGGCUGCGCGGGUGUGGACGGCGCCGCGGCCUGUUGGGCGCAGCUCGCCUGCGCCGAGACCCUGCGCGCCUGCGAGCGGCUCUCGCAGGCCAACAGGGAGGAGUGCGCCGCCAUGCAGGCGCCGCUGCACAACACUGCUAAAGAUAAGCUCCACGAACUGGGCAAGCUCUGCGGCCUCCUCCCAGGCUCGCCUGAACCUACCUCCGAGCAGCUCCACCUGGUCGUCAUGCUAUCCGCCGGCAUGGGAGACAGCGAAGCCAACAACCAGCACCCGACGCCAACGGACCGGCUCAAGGAGGCGCUUUGCAGCAAAACUAGCUUCCAGCAGUAUUACUUGGAGUUGGCCGAGUUGGCUAUGGGGACUUAUAAACAUAUAGGGAGGUUAAGAUUCGCGCGCCUCAUCGGCCGAGACCUAGCCGCGUUUUACUCGGAACUCGGCGAGACUCAGAAAGCGGUAGUUUUCUUGAUGGAUGCCCUCCGUUCUUACGAGGAGCAGGGAUGGCGGGACCUGGCCGCGCAGACCAGACUAGAGCUGGUGGCGGCGGCUAAGAAGAUGGACGACAUUGAUAGAUACACAAAGCUCUCUGCAACAAUAGCAUGCACUGCCGAAUUAGAAAUACUAGUCAGAAACUUCUACUUCGAAGAAAUGAUGAAAUCAAUCAGAGAUCUCUCCCAAAAGCCCGAACCAGUUCUAUCUGAGCUCAACGAGUGCUUUAAAAUAGUCUCAGUAACGCUACUGCCGUCCGACCGUGGUAUCUAUAUCACUGAUAACAAGGUCCAAUGUCGCUUGGUCGUGGAAAGCAAUAUGCCUAAAGAUAUUACUUGUACGCGCGCAGCGAUUAGUAUAGAGAGGUUUAAAGUGGAUAAGCAGACGGAGAAAAGAACGCCGGCGAAAAGUUAUAAGACUGAGUUAAGUGCUAAUAAUAAUGUAGGAUCGCAGAAUAAUUCGCCGAGGAAGAGUGCGCCGGAGGGCGAUAACGAAUUACCUAAUUUAAUUACAAGUAUAAGACUGGACGAUUUAAAACCUAAGAAUCCUCUGCUAAACCCGUUACACAUAACCUCGCAGCUCCACUACAAAGAGGACAAAUCCUUACAAAAAGCCACAGUGGAAUGCAUCACCCCUAAAGUUACUCUCAAACGCUCAGACAGCAGCAAAUAUAGGAAACCGUCCGCCACUUUAAGAAGCAACUAUGAACAUUCAUUCACUUGUGAAAAUUUCACUCUAAAACCAGGCACGAAUGAGAUUACCUUAGAAUGUACAUCGAAAUCACCUGGUACAUUUAAACUUGGACAAAUAUCUUUGCUGGUUGAAGAGAAAUUGGAGUUUUUGUCCAAUGUGCUGACGAGUUUGAAAGUGGGGUAUGAGGUGGUGACGCAAGGGGUGAAUGUGUACUUGAAUAAGGUGGAGCCUAAGAAGGAUUUGGUGGCUGGGCUGGAGCAUGCCAUGGAGCUGGUUGUGACUAGUGGGAGUUCGCAUAUAGAAGAGAACGCAACAAUACUCCUAAAGACCUCCUUGGGCCUGGUGAUCCGCCUCGCCGGUGACAGCGACUCUGGCACGGCCCGCGAGCUCUCCAUACCGGUGCCGGCGAGCAAGCCGUUCGAGACCACGCGGGUGCCGCUCAGGCUGUUCGCGAACCUGCAGCCCAGGAAGGAGAAGAGCCUAGAGCAUACUGUCUGGCUCAACUGUCCCUGGUGGGAAGCAGCGAUGGAGGUGCCCCUCCACUUCUCCCCGCCCAUGGUCGCGUCCUGGCGUCUCCUAACAUCAAACACUAGGAAAUUCGUCCACGUAACCCUCAAGUCCACGGUCGCCCAUCUCGUACAGUUCGAACUGACUGAGCCCAAGUUGGAGUGCGACGGCAACACGACCGUGUCGGAUAUGAAUCCGAAGAAUGCCAAAGAUAUGAUGGUAGCCUCAGACGGCACAACAGCGUCCUUCAUGUGGGAGCUCCUCAAAGACCCCCUGGUGAAGGCCGGCGCCAUGAAAGCCCUAUUCACCGUGCAAUACCGCCCUGUUGACGUCGACGAGCCUACUAGAAUGUUCUCAUGCCCGUUCGAUGUCCAGGAUUGUACGACGCUGUUCGUUAUUAGGACUAAGCUGGAGCCUAGCAAGGGGUCGGAUUUCUGUAGGGCUUCUCAGGUGUGCUGCUUGCAGCUUAGUGUGCAAAGGGUCAAUGAAACGGAAUACACAUCUCUAAUGUACGAGGUUUUAGCUGACCAAACUAUGUGGGCUGUAUUAGGACGAACUGCAGGAGUGAUAUCAUUGGAGUCUAGUGCAGAGGCGAGCGUAACAUUGGAUGUCAUGCCGCUGGUCGCCGGCUACCUGCCGCUGCCAGCCGUGCGGCUCUCUAAAUACAUCGCACAAAACACCAAAGAUCCCAAGAAGGACAUGACAGCGCACCCGCGCCUCGAGCCCUUCAGCCCGGGACAGGUGUACCACGCGGGCAAGGCCAGGCAGGUGCAUGUGCUGCCCUCUAUGCCCAAAGAACACCUCGAACCGACCGUCUGAACCCCUGCUUCUACACAUUCAACUAUUUGAAAGAGACAUUAACACAUUCGGGCAGUGAAUGUGCGUCCACAUAUACAAGUUUGUUCCUAGGACACGCCCCAUGGCAGUGAAUGGCUUAAGCUAUUUGCAGUGCUGAUAGCCUAGCGGCACAGAAUAAAUAAUAGUACGAGGUACAGAAGACUCACUCUCUAACAAAACGCGUCUGUUACGAUCAGCACAGAUAUGGCCGCUAGGUGGCGACAGCGCCACGCGCGGCUUAUGGCAAACCCCAAAAUUACUUUUAGCUACCUGUAGCAGAGCGACGAAAUCGCGGAGUGAGACACGCCUGCUAGCGGUAAGAGCGUGCGACUUUCAAUUCGAAGAUCGCGGGUUCAAACCCCGGCUCGUAUCAAUGAGUUUUUCGGAACUUAUGCCUAUAUAUACUUAUGGAAUAUAAUUUGAUAGUUACCAGCCGAUUUUCGGUGAAGGAAAACAUCGUGAGGAAACCGGACUAAUCCCAAUAAGGCCUAGUUGUCCCUCUGGUCAAAUCCUUGGGAUUAGUUGCCAAGCGGACCCCAGGCUCCCAUGAGCCGUGGCAAAAUGUCGGAUUAACGCGAGGAAGAAGAAAGAUAAUAAAACUUGUCGCUAAGAAAUAUCUAAACACUGCUAUGCUAGCCUCGAGUCUGCAGCUUGUCUCACACAAUAAGCUGCAGAGAUAACUAGACCCCGCAAACAAAUUCUAUGCAAGGGGGUCAGGAUGUAUCUGUAUUAAUUGUUAAAAAUAUAUGCCAUUGAAAAGUAAUAAUUUAGAUAUGAGGACAUGUAGUAACUAUUGGUUUCCUUGCUAUUUCCCACGCUUUUUAUAACUCAAAAAAAAAACGAAGCGGUGAAAUGUGGGUUAAAUAUUAUAAUUCGUAUCUACGACACGAAGUGGAGUCUCGAAAACACUUGUAUUCAAAGUAGAGUAAUAAAUGUCUAAUAUAGCAAUUUUCUCAGAUUAUGUAAGGAAUCGGACCAUGGAAUCGAUGUGAUAAUUCAAUAUUUCAUGUAACUAUAAUGUGUACUUUAUACUUCAUAGACGUACCUACUCAAAAAAUUGUACUUUUACAAGCUUCCAAAUAAAUUCUACUUAAAUUGUCAUGUUUGCUUGUAAAACUCAAUGGAAUGAGUCCUGCGCACGCAUCACUUUCAUAAAUAAAAGUAGUAAAUUAGCUUGAAUACAUAAACUUCCCAUGUCCUCCCUUGUCCCGUGGUCCUUUUAAAAGGACAAACUCCAAUCGUAUUUUGAACUAUAAUGGAAUACAAGAAGAUUCCGAAUUCAAAACUGCAAAAAACUACUCUGGGUCUUGGGAGGAAACCAUCCUAAUCCUAUCUCGUCUUUCAGUGUCAUUUAUAUCAUAGGUACUUUAUUUUUCACAAUUCACAGAUAUUUUAAAUUAUAUAGGGUAAUUCGCCAGUAACUGGCCGCCCUAAACUAAAAAUAAAUUCUAUUCACCUAUAAACAAAAUUCAUUUUAGUAUAAGGCAAAGAGAAUUAAAUAACUACGUUUUAGUAUAAGGUUUCAAUAACUGGCCACCUUAUACUAAAAUAAAUUCUAUUAAUAAGUGAAUAGAAUUCAUUUUUAGUUUCGGGCGGCCAGUUACUAAAAGUGGCUAGUUACUGGCGAAUUAUCCUACCAACUGGGUUACAUAUUUUGAUCUAAUUUCCUUGUGUAAGGUGAAACAAAAAGAAGCAACUACAUACAUACAUGAGAUCUUCUGAUCUAACGAACGUACUGCCGACUUAUCGUACCGAUUAGGUAUAAUGUCGAUAAGUUUCUAUUCGCAGCUCCCUUGAAAAAGGUAAUCAGAUUUCUGUAGAUAACCCAGUACCCAGUCAUCAUUAAACCUGCAUCCAUAUUCUACUAUAAUUAUCGAUAUUUUCUCACACGGGAUAUGGUUGACAGGGUUUUAGUAUACGGUUCUCACACCUGCAAUUAUUUAAAAAUGAGCUUUAUCGUCGUGCAUAAGAGUUGAUAUUAGAAGUUACGGGCUUACAUAGUUACGUGCUAGAUAUUGUGUAUUUGAUGUUGUUGGGAGUAGUUGGAAUAUUUAGUAGAGAUGCAACGGAUAGUUUUUUGGCCGGAUACCGGAUAUUCGGCCUGACUGUCGGCCAAAUAUUCGGUAUUCGGCCGGCGUAACUAAACCCUCAUUUCGGUUUUUCAGGUGUUUGACCUGUUUCCUAAUGAACGUUCGCGCGGACUUAUUUCUAGGUUCGAAAUGAUUGUGCGUGCAAAUCAGUGGAAUGUUUAAAAAUAAUAAACGAGUACGAUUAUGUCCGUAAUUGUUUCCUAAAUCCAAUUUGUUUAUCAAAAAACCAAUGCAAAUCAAGCAAAGUUACUAUCCAGUAUCUAAAAUAGUGGCUGGAUAGGCCGGAUACCGGUUAGUGACCGAAUAUCCGGU